AUGUCUGCAAGCCCUGCUGGCUCACAAACCCCCUCGUCCCAGUCCACUUUCGAUGACACCGCGAGUACAGGGCGGUCGUCGAGUCCACCUCCAGUGCCUGUGUGCCCCGGAAGCGCCUGGCUCAUGAACGCUGGGCAGCCGUGCUGCCUCUUCGAGACUCCCGUCGGCCAAAUGUGCUACUUUUGCAGUAGAGUGCUCAUGCGCAGAGGCUUCAUGAUGCGCGAUGUUGGCGUCCAAACAGAGGAAUGGCUGUGGGAUGAGGGCAGCGAGGCGGCUGUGAGCGAGACGACAUCCGACGAUAUGGAGCAGUCCGAUGUGGAGGAAGUCUGGGAAGACGCCAGGGAAGACUCCAGGGCUGGAGAGGACGAGAUCCCAACUACAGGAGGUAAAGAUAUUGGACCCGGAGGCCAAUACUUCAUCCCCGCUCCCACCUGCAGAGGCAACUACUACCAGCAAAACAUGGGCUACAACUGCCGCCGCUUCCCCGACGAACACGGUGAACUGCGGUGCAUCUUCUGCGACGAGCCGGCCCCCUUCGUCUCGUACAGGAACCAGCCUUACCGCUGGCCCGAGGGCUACGCCAGCUACCCCGACACGCCCGUGGCGCCCGGUCAGACGGAAGAGGAUUACACCACAAUGCAGCGGCGCUGGAACGAGCAAGUGGACGCCCGCAGUCGCUACUGGGAGAACCAGCAGUACCUCAAGGACAGCGGCCAGGACCCGUUCGCGACGGGCUGGUCAAACCCGCUGUAG